AUGGAGGAAACUACAAGCGAGCCCGUUGCGCAAGCGCAGAGCGAGGUUCAGAACCCCGCCCCCACCACGAUCGAAACAGCGACCAGUGUUCCUACCUCAUCCUCACCAGCUACAACAACACCGACAACGGCACCCUCGAAACCUAUUCACUCUCUCGUUAUAGAUGCCAACGCCAUCAUUAAAAACGACCCAACAGUUUCGACCCUGCUCGCUCAAGCCGACAAGCUUUAUACCAUCCCCGCUGUGGUUUCAGAGAUCCGCGACGCGGCAACAAGAUCUCGAUUCGAAACCACCCUAUCCCCUUUUCUCAAACUCCGGAACCCUCGACCCGAGUCCGUCCAGUUCGUCACCAACUUCGCGCGGCGGACUGGCGACCUCCAGGUGUUGUCGAAGCCUGAUAUCCAUCUUCUAGCGCUUACGUACGAUUUGGAGAUUGAGCGAAAUGGCGGUGAUUGGCGGUUGAGGCGAGAGCCUAACCAGAAGGGAGUGAAUGGGAAACCCCCGGGGAAGACCGAGAAUGAGGCUGGUGACGCCGUACCAACCGAAAUAGGAGCGUCAGCACAUGCUGAACUGUCAGCCGAAACCCCAGAGGUGACGAACGGGGCGGGUGAUGCUGCGGCUGAUGUUGCAGAAGACCCUGCUCUCUCAGAUGAACUAACGACCGAGGCGGUUACCGAGCAACUACAAGACCUUGCGUUGAAUCCAACUACGACCGCAGAUGACAUCCCCGAGAAUGCGGACGAGUCGUCGGAAGAUGACGGCGAUGGAGAAUGGAUUACGCCAAGCAACAUCAAAAAGUACCAGGCCAGAGAAAAUGCACACACAGCCCCCCAAACAGCACAACGGGUACUCCAAGCAGCCUUGAUCACCGGAGAUAUGGCCAUGCGGAACGUUGCUCUGAGGAUAAAUUUAAACACCGAUUCCGGCGGCAACUUCACGCUGCACCUCAAGAAAAACUUCCAGUACAAUAACCGGGGCAACGUGUUUAGUAUUCCGAAGCCGACCCACGGUUCGGCGAGCGGGAAAAGCAAUGCCAAAGGAGGCGGCAAGAACGGGUGGGGCAAGGAGCUGAUCUUUGCGGAAGACCAGAAGGAGUACACCAAGAAGCUGGACGAGGAGCGCCGGCUGAGAACCCGGGAUAUCAUGGACCAGGACUAUUUACCUAGCAUUCUCGGAGGCUCUAGAACCUCGGGGGGCGGCAGGAUCAAGGUCGGCGCAGGGCGUAAUGUUAACGCCAAGAAGAGGAAGUGA